AUAAUUCUCAUGUGAAACCUAGUAAAUAAAAGUCGCUCAACUUGUUGUGUAAUCUUCGUAGUUUGCAUUCAUAAAUACAAAUUUGGUAUAAGAACCUAUUUAAUAAGGUUAUCUGUCAUUUGAUUUUCGACUAGUUUAUUUUCAAGAAAAUAAAAAAAAGUUUUCUAAGAUUAUUACGGCAAAGUUCGUUUUAUUUUUGCUCCUUUCGAACAUAUAGCGUUGGCCCUGUAUCAACGUUAACUUUGCCAUAAAAUAAACGUCAAGUAGGCGUUGGAUCCAAGAAGACCUAAAUUGUCGAUUGGACCUUUAGAAACAAGCGUUGAAUUAAUUUUUUUAUUACACCAUUAAGAAAUAAUCCAAAGUAAUGGUUUUGAUUAAAUUCACUGCUUUAAAUGAGACAAAUGUUCAGCCAACUGAGCAGCCAGUAGAUCCAUUUGAUGCACCGUUGAAACAAUGCGAAACUUUAUACAAUUUGGCGCUUCGACGCGAUCAUGCUAGUGCGAAGGAGUUAUAUGUUAAACUUCUAAAACACGAUCUAAUGAAAAAUCAAAUGUUUCAGGUUCCAAACAAUGGUAUACCAUUAUCACAACGUAUUACUCGAUUAAAAUACUGUGUAUUGAAGAAUUAUGCAGAAUUAUUAGAACAUGAACAUCACAUUCACAGGACUAAAAUAGAUGCGCAAAAUGCAAUAGAAUAUUAUCAUAGGGCAUUAAGGAUUGACCAAUCUGAUCAUAGUAUCUGGUUAAGGAUAGGAAAACUCGCUAUGUCAGAUGAGAUCAAUGAUCCUCAAUAUGCUCGUUCAGCUUUAACAAAAGCAUUAGAAGACUUUAACGUUGCACAAACGUAUCCAAAUUUUGAUGAAAACGAUGAAACGCGAAUUCCUCCCGUAUUUCUUUCACCGAUUCAUCAAGAAGCUUUAAGUGAAUUAUGUCGGCUUCUGUAUGAUACUGGCGACUUUUAUGCUUGUUUGCGUGCAAUUGAUAAAGGUUUGAAAGUGGAUCCUUACAAUCGAACGCUUAAUCAACUUCGAAUUCAACUUCUAGAAAACACUUGGGUUAGAUCUUUAUUACCAAGCGAUUAUUUUGAAAAUUCUCCGCCUAUAAUAAGGCCUUUAUAUUCGGAAGAUAUACCAAGACGGUUGAAACCAUCCGGAGUGUUUGGUCCAAAUGCAAUGAAAUCAUUACGAUAUAAUUUGCAAAAUUGUACUUGGAAUGGAUUAGGCGAAUUUUUGAUAAAUAUAUAUGAUAGGAUCAUGUCAUGUAAAGUUAAUGUGGAUGACGACUCACCAGUUCCGGCUAAAAGUCGACAUAUCAUAAUAGAACUUCAAGGUAGUGUGGUCAAAAGUCCGGAUAUAAGUGAAACUAAUGGUCCUGUGCAAAAGCGGAAAAGGAAGGAGCCCCCAAAUGAUUAUAAUAACGAUAAAACAACACCAACACGAUCAUCACGCGUUACCUCAAAAAUGACGUCAAAGAUUGAUUCUUUUAAUCAAAAACGAGAUGAGGCAUUAACUGAACUCCUUGAAAAAGUCGAAUCAAUUAUAGAAAAGGUGGACCAAGACUACUUGAUCAGCACUAGACAGGAUGAUGAUGCAGAAAUCGAUAAAUUUCUUUUAUAUUUUAGCAAAGUUUGGAACCAACAUGUUCUAAGUGAAUAUCAUGGGACAAAUAUUGAAGAGGCCAUAAAUAAUCCGAGGUCGAACACUGCAUCUGAUCCCCGAUUCUAUAUGUUUACUCCACACACCGAUCCCCCUCUACCUAAUUCUCAUUUUCAUGAUACUUACCGAGCACAAGAAUCAUUUGUAUCAUUCGUUAAUGAUAUGAAUAACAAAAAUUCAGGAAUUACAGACUAUUUAUGCAUGUAUAUUAUACACCUGUUUGGAAAAUUCGUGGAAGUUGAAGGAGAAAUGAGUCCAUUAUGGCUUUGUCGCUGGCCGGAUGGAUUGAAAGAAAUAGUUAGAGAAAUUCUACAAAGAGUGGACAAUCAAAUGUUAGCUAUGAUUGAGAAUACUUGCACCGAUUGGGAUGAAUCAGUCAAUUGUGCUAACGUAAUCAUGGAAGAUAGUAGCAAUAAUAUUUUUCAACAGAUGAAGCAAAAGUCAGAGGUCUUGAUGGGGGUAUGCGAAUUUCUAUUUGAUUCUCAAAUAUCAAGGAAUGGUUGUACAACUCCUGAAGAUGAUCAAGAUCCUCAAGGACAUUGCCAAGAGAUGCCACCUAAUUUACAGAUGACAUUAGAUAUGUGUAAAUUACUAAUAUAUCGUUCAUCGUGGAAUAUAAUGGAUUUUGUGUCAACUGCUAAAUCUCAAGUGCCACAAUCUGAAGAGUAUGAGCAAAAAUGGAAGAAUCAUCAUAAAAUGUGGGAAAAUUGGUCAAGUCAAUUAAACGCACGUUAUUGGUGGUGUACUGCUCGUAUAGAUUUUUUGCAAGGAAAUUUAGAUAAAGCUAAGGUUUCUUUUGAAGAAUGUAAAAGAAUCCUUGAAUUAGGUGGAUGCGGCGACAUUAUAAUAAUGAAUUGCGCGUUUGAUGCACUUAUCAAUACUACAAUAAUAAACAAUAAAAUUGGAUCAUUGGAAUCUCGCAAAGAUUUGCCGGAAGAUGAUUGGUCACGUGCAAUAACGCAUUUUGCCGAUGCAAUAAAGUUUUUGCUAAAUUGGGUUUCUGAUAAUAUUGACGAAGACCGAGUUGUUCAAUUUUGGACCACAAUUCAUUCGAUUAAUGAAGCUAUAUCAAAAGUUACCGAAUUUAUGGAGAAUGGACAUUCAGUAGCGAAUCUUCCAGCAAAUGAAUACAAAAAAUUCAAAAAAUAUUUCCGUAUAUUAUAUAAAACAAGUUUUGAAAUUUUAUUUCCAAAAACCGAGGAGAUAGUUAACUCAGAAGCCGAAUUAAGUGAACCGCUUCAUAUUUUAUGUGUUCGUACAUGGAUAUUAUUUUAUCAUUUAUUAAAGGAAAAGCCUUCCGAUUUGGACGAAGAAGACUUUGCUGAAUUUUUAGUGACUGUUCAUGACCAACUUGGAGAGCGUUUUAUAUGUGGAGCGGAUAACGGAUCAUUUUUGAAAUUUUGUAUCAAAACUUUUACGGAACUUCACCCAUCAGAAAACCGUGUAUAUGAAUAUCAAUGCUGUCAUUGUCUAUAUCGAGUUGUUCUUAGUGUCGAUACUGAAUUUCCAUGGGAUCACAAAACCCAACCUGUCGAGCUCGAUAUCAAAACUGCAGAAUUGCUUUUCAAGAAUAUUCGAAAUUAUAUUAAUGAAAAACCAUUUCGAACAUGGCAGAUCAAGAAUGAUGUCAAAGAUACUUUAGAUAAGAUAGCCAAUAUAGUAAUUCCUCCGCGAGAUGACCGUUUUGAUCAAUGCAGUUGGAGAACACAACAUUUCCUUGAAAGUGAAAUUAAUUUUUACGAAGCCAUCCAAUAUAAAGAACACGAUCAUUAUGUUAGUGACCUUGGUGCAGUUUCUUACAGAGAUGGUGGGGAAGACAUCACGGAUCUUUAUUAUUUUCGUGGAAAAAUCUUACAGUAUCAAUUCAAAACUCGUACAAAGUCAAAUCAAACAAGGGCGAUCGAAACCUUGGAGAAGGCUAUUGAACAGUUUACUUAUGACCUUUCCAUUAACCCAUUAAGAUUUGCUUCGUGGUAUGCAUUGGGAGCUUGUUAUGCAAGUUUGGCUGAUGAAAACUUAACAUGGAAUGCCGAAGAAAUAAAAAAUAACCGAGGAAAGAUUGCAAAUUAUCAAAGGAAAUCGUUUCUUUGUUACGCGAGAGCUGCGAAAGUGAUUACUUGGUUUUCGGGACAACAAUCACCAUCGGUACCAACUGAAGAAGUUAAUUUUUGGAGAGAUUUUGGUUAUCAGGUUUAUUCAAUGAUUACCGAGCCUAUGUCAAUGGAUGCCUUUCAAUUAAACCCUUAUCAUGCUGUGUUAUGGCGCAAACCAAGUUUCGAAGAUGCUUGCGCAUUUGCAGCCUUUUGUUUUGGAAAGGCAAUGCAACAUGAAAGAUAUUUAAUUGAGAAUCAACCCGAUAAAGAAAACGGAAUACCAACAAUUCAUGAUUGGAGGAUACCUUAUAUGCUUGGCAAAUGUUACCAAAAACUUCAAAGAAACCCAGAGGUGGUUAUACAAUUAUAUAAACUGGCUGUAGAUCGAACUCCUGAAAAAUCCGGUGUUUCUGGCCAAGAAAAAAUACUGGAUGCUGAAUAUAAAAUGACUUCGGCAUUAUCUAAAUAUUUAAUGGAAAACAAAAUAAAGCCAUCCAUUGUCGAAAAAUAUCUUGGUAUUGACGAGGAAAACGGAGAAGUUGUACAUAAAGAGCCACAAAGUGAACUUGGAAUUUUCGAUAUACAAAAGCCCGAAUACCGUAAUGCAUACGACCUUAUUUGUUCCAAACUCGAAGAUAUACGCAAGGCUGAUAAAACUAAAUGGCAUCACCGACCAGUAUAUAGACAUGCGUGGUUAAUCUUUAAUGUGGAACAAAAACCUGAAAUUGCCAUAACAAUAUUAUCACCUUUAUUUCAUCUAAAGUUGACAUCCAAAACGUUUAUGAAUGUCUGGAAACCUGAAUUUGAAAGGUCAGGCAGGCAUUUUAUCUAUGUUCAUGAGUAUAUAUCAUUUUUCAUGGACCUUGCAAAGGCAACGUUGGAUUUCGAUUUAUUAAAUAAAAUGUCAGAAAAACUUCGAAAAGCUUCCAACAUAAUACUUAAAGAUGAUAUAAUACAAACGAAAUUGGCAGAUGCUUAUAAGCACGUUGAAGAGAUGAAAAAACCAAUUAUAGAUGAAGAAAUGAUUGAUGAUCAAAAUAACGAAAAGGAAGAGUCAGAUGAAAGAGACGAUAUAAAAGAAGAACACAAAGAACCAUCAAAUAAUGUUAUGUCAGUGGCAUCUUUAAUAACGCAGGAUAAUGAUUCUCCGAUGACAAUAGAUUUUGUAGAACCAGCGAGUAAUAGUUACUCGGAGAUAUAAUAUAAUGAUUAAAAAAACAUUUAUAAACAAUGAACUAUAAUUUUAAUUCUCUUUUAAUAUUUUCAUUUGUUCAAUAUGAUUGUAGAAAAAUUUUUUCGUUGUAAGUUAUGGGAAAUAAAGAAUACUGUACUACGUACUGUAGAUCUUUAAUUGUUCACUUUUCUGGUAUGAUAAAGAAAUCAAACCAUUAUCAAUAAGGAUGUUAAAUUGUUCGAUGAUCUGAAACUUUUCUGGCAAAAAAAAAAAAAAAAAAAAAGUCACAAUAUGCCAUUAUCUUUGCAAAUUUUGAUAUUUUGAUACUCCUGACCGGAUAAUAAGAUCGUCAGACACGAUAUAGGGAAUUUUCAGAUGUCAUAAUGAAAAUCUUUCAGAUUUUAUAUGAUAAG